AAACAGACAAAUAAAAGCGAAUCGUCCCUCUCCCCAUUUUCUGCUAAAAGCUGACCUCUUCUGCCUCUGUACGCUUUCUUUCUUUCACUCCCAUUUUCACCACACCUAUCUCAAACCCAUUAAACAAACAAGCCUACCUCUCAAACCCUAAACUCGCUUUCUUCUCUCUCUAAAAAGAACACAGAAGAAUUCACUUUACCAGCAAUUUGUAUUCUGGCUCUCCCAACUAUGGAAGCUUUUAGCUUGCUCAAAUACUGGAGAGGUGGUGGCGGCGGAGCUUCUGUCACAUUAGACGCCGGUCCUACUGCUCGCACCGCCGCCGCCACUAAAACCAUUGUCACCGCCGUAAGUCAUGAUAACACAGCCGAGACCGACGAAGACGACAAUGACGACGGUCCCUUCUUCGACUUGGAGUUCUCCGUACCUGACGAAGAGGAACAAGUGAAACACCAAGAUGAUGGUAAUGACAACUCAGCCGACAGCGGCGAAGAAGACGGCGAUGGUGACAAUGUUGAUUCUGAUGCAACUGACGAUGAAAAUGACAGAGAAUUCAAGUUUACCUUGUCCUCAGGUUCGAGCGGUGACCGUACGGAUCCAAACGUCUCGCUUUCACCGUCCGACGAUCUCUUCUUCAAAGGACGGCUCGUUCCGAUCGAGUCGUCGUCGAUCGUGCUAAACAGUUCCGAACCGAACUCCAAGUCGCAGUUUCCCGUGUCUCUGUUGAAAUCUGCUACCAGGUUUCGAGUCUUGAUGUUGAAGUUCAAGAAAUCGAAGUCUAAUGCUACUGAGAAAACAGAGAAUGAGAAAACAGAGAAUGAUGGCUCUACUUCGGCGACUCCAAAGCAACAGAAUCAACAACCAGAUCAGUCUCAACAACAGCAGCAAAAUCAACCACAGAACAAGUUUUUCACAAUUAAAUUCAAGGUUGAAGAAGUACCAAUCGUGUCUCUGUUCACAAGAGACAACAGUUCUAGGGCUUGUAAUAAGGUUGAGAAGCAGAGCUCAGAUGAGACGAUUUCCGACGACAAGCGAUUCUCCAAGGACGUGAUGCAGAGGUACUUGAAAAUGGUGAAGCCUCUCUACAUUCGUGUUUCGAAACGCUAUGGUGAGAAGCUGAAGCUUUCGGGACAGUUGAGCCUCGGUUCAUCGGGAGGAGCGAAGCCUGCACCGUCGCCGCCGUCAACCGCGCCUCCGAAAUCUCCUCCGGUCAAAUCAACGGCGGCAAAGAGCGAGCCACAACCUCCGGAAGUAUCCGAAGCUCCGCCACUGAACAAUUUGAAGAGUCAGAAACAGGUGAAUUUACCGGCCGGACUUCGUGUGGUGUGUAAGCAUUUAGGGAAAAGCCGAUCGGCAUCCUCGCCGGCGGUAGCUCCUGUGUCUGUUCAGUCCAAUCGUCGCGACGAUUCGCUGUUGCAGCAACAAGAUGGCAUUCAAAGCGCCAUUUUACACUGCAAGAGAUCGUUUAAUGCAUCCAGAGAUUUGGAGUCGUCGACUUUAUCGCGGUCAGUGAGUGAUCCGUCGAAUGAGAAAUCUUUGAAUAUGGCAAACGAUUGUUCUGCAGAGGAAGGCGCGACGAGACUUGCAUGCGUUUGAAGAGUUUGGACUUUGGUGUUUGGAUGGUGAGAAAGUCGGAAAAAAAAAGCAUUCAAAAGGAGAAAAUGAAACCUAAUGUUAUGAUGUUUUAUCAGUAGUGUUGUUCUGAUAAGUAUGGCAAUGAGCAGAAAUGAGUUGUGGCCUUCAGCUUUCUUCUUCUCUGUAAAAAUAUUCAGAAAAAGAGAUUAAAAAAAAAUUAUUAUUAGGAGUCAAAAGGUUAUUGACGAUGACCUGUGAGUGGUAGAUGGGGCCUUAGUACUGGUACUGAGUCUGUAAAGGUCAUCUUUCUGUGCAAAUGAAAGAAGAUUAUUAGUACAUAUAUUUGUAUCUAUGUGUUUUAGUGUAGUGGUACUGCACUCAAAAUAUCAAACAACUAUUUUGAAGAAUCAGAAUUCAUGUAUUAUGUAUUUAUACGCAAAUCAUAUUUUUAUUUUCUUGUUAUCUACUUUAAGUAAAUCAAUUCACGUGUUUUUUUUUUUUUAAGCAAAAUACUUGCCUGAGAAAGACUCCCUACUUCUUUAAUGGUUCUUCAAAUAAAAUAAAAGUGUUUUAUCCCUACUUCUUUAAUGGUUCUUCAAAUAAAAUAGAAGUGUUUUAUUUUAGUAAGUCCUAUUAUUGAAUGUGAUGGCAAAGACUUCUACAGGUCUAAUUUUUUUUUAAUAUUAGAAUCAUUUUUAAGAAAUUU